AUGAAGAAGCACCAGGCCAUGCAGGGCACGUUCAGCCGGCUCUUCGGCAGGAAGCAGGCGCAGGGCCCCGCCGCCACCUCGCUCUUUGCCACCAACCCGCCCUGGAUCUUCACGCAGGAGGUCACGUCCGAGAGCGCGGGGGGCACCGGUGACGUGAUUGAGGUGUACUACGGCGAGAACCGCUUCGGCACCAUGAGCGACUGCGGCACGGCCACGCUCAAACCUCGGCCCCGAGUGCGGCCGCUGCUGACGUUCCUGCCCCUGAACGCGCAGGAAUCCCAUGGGGUGGCUGUGCCGACACCGUCCGUGCCUGAGGACUUUGAAGAAAAAGCAGCUCUGGGCUCCCAGCUCAACGGCAGCUGCCACCUGUGCAGCUCGGCCGGGGACCUGCGCCCGCAGGUGACUGACGGGGAGGCCCUGGACGAACACAUCCCCCCGCCGCCCUCGGUGCCCCCGCCACCUCCACCGCUCCCAAUGUCGCUACCGACAUCGCCGUCACCGCCACCGGUCCCGGCGUCGUCACCGCCACCAAUCGAGGUGCCCCCGCCGCCUGCCGUGGCGCCGCCACCACCACCCGCCUCGUCCCCGCCUGGCACGCCGGCCCCUCCGGACUUCAUCCCGCCGGCGCCCCCCUUCUCCGGGGGCAUCUCCAAGUGGAAGUCGGAGACGGUGCUGAACGCGAGGCAGGCGGAUGCGGAGGAGCCGGCGCGUGGGGCCGAGGCGGCAGSCCCCGGGCGGGAUGGGGGGCAGGCGCCGGGCGGCGCCGAGCCGCACCUCACCUUCCCGCGCGCCGCCAAGGUGCCGCCGCCGGCGCCCGCCCGCUCCUCCUCCAUGCCCGUGCCGGACGCGGCGGCGCCGGAGCAGCGCGUCCCCCGGCAGCCGCACGUGCGGCCGCCGCUCCCGCCCUGCUUCACCAUCCGCCCCGCGGCGGCCGCGCGCCCAGCCGGGGCCACGCAGCGGGAACGCGGCGCCGCGGGGCUGCCCGGUGCCGAGCCGCCCGCAUCCCACUCGCAGAAGGCUCCCCGGCCAAGGAAGGGCGAGGACGACUCGUCUGCCAGGUUGGAGUUUCUCACCGCCAAUGACCUGGACCUGCCGCCUCCGGACUAUCCCUCCGCGGACGAGGACUGGAAGGAGGCCAGUAACCUGAACAGGCUGAAACACGAGCUCGUGGCCCUGCUGUCCUCUUCCAGGCGGGUGGAUAGGCCAGGGAUUCCCCGGGCCAUGAACGGCGUUGCCCAUCGUGCUGGCUCUGAUGCGGUUGGCUCCGAAGGGCCCAAGCUCACUAAACCCAUCGGGAAGGACUCGCGGCUACCCAAAGGCGAGGAAAGGGAGAAGACUGGGAAGAUCCCUAUCGGCUCAGCCUCUGCCAGGGAGAGCCCCUCCGGUGCCGUUCCUCCCACUCCCGAGAGCAAACCCAGCAGCGUUAUGAAAAUCAGGAAUGAGCUGGAGGCCAUGCUGUCGCCGAAGAAAGAAGGAAAACCUUCCCCGGGACUGGGCAGCCCCAAGCAGAGCCCCGAGGACGGCGGUGCCUCCCUGUGCCCGGGUCCGGGCCGCGCUGAUCCAGGUGGCUCCGUGCUGCCCAAAGCAGCUCCGGGGGAGCCCCAACCUGUGGCUGCUGCCGUGGAGCAGGAGAAGGUGCAGGAGGAUCGGCCGGCGCCUGCUGCCCCCGCGGCCAGGGAGGCUCUGGAGGAUGUAAGCCCGGGUCCCAAGCGGGUGUCCCCCAGCAGCAGCCUGAGCGCCCCGCAGCAGCCCGAGAAGCCCAAGGACGAGCUCCCGGUCCCAGCCUCUCCUUCGCCCUCCUCUUCAGAGAGGUUUUCCCCUGUGCAAAGCCCAGCUCCACAGCCUGACACGCUGCUCUUCCAGUACAAACCCCAUCGUGCCAGGGCUGACUCCACGGACCGACUGAGUGCCGCGAGCUCCGGCGGGAACGGCGAUGGAAAAGGCAGGAACCCGCAUCCCUCUGAGCACAUGUUGGGCCCCGCGGCACCGCAGGGCCCCUCGAGAGCGGGCCAGGACGACGCGCUCAUCCACCCCAUCACGGGCGAGAGGGUGGAGAGGGGCUCCCCCAUGGCGCUGCUCCUGGCCGCCAAGCAGCGGGCACAGAGGGGCCGCCCGGCGCCGUCCCGGCGCGGCAGCGACACGGAGCAGAGGCCGCAGCUGAGGGGCAUGCAGAAGCCCAACGUCACCGUGCUGGAAACGGCCUCCAGCAGCUUCUACCGCGACGAGUCCCGGCCUUGCUCCUUCGUGGUGGUGCCGCGCUCGCCGGGCCRGGCAGGAGAGCGGCUGCCGCGGCCCAGCUCRGCCGGGCCGGCGCAGGGGCAGAAGCCGCCGCCGUCCUUCUCCAGCUCCUCCGAGCAGGGCCGCUCGGCGGCGGCGCCGGGCGGGGAGACGGCGCCGGGCUGGGCGCACGGCCGGCGCGCGGCCACCUCCGCCUUGGUGCGAGGCCUCCUGGAGUCCAGCGAGGCUCCGGCGCCGCGCGCAGCCUCGCCGCCCCGCGGGCCCGGCCAGGACGAGGAGAACGGGGAGCUGCUGGGCUAUGAGAUCAUCCCGCCGCCGCCAGAGUUCAGCAACGACGCCGAUGCCGCACCAAGCCGCGAGGCCCGGCACGAGCGUCCCGGCGUCCCCGGAGCGCCGCAGUCCCUGCGCUGGCCCGGCCGCGACUACGGCGCGAGCCCCGAGCCGCCCGGCGCAGACACGGGCAGGAGGAGCGGCGAGCUGGCCGCGCUCUGCCCCGAGCCCGGCGGCCGCCCGCUCAUCAAGAAGCGCCUGUACCUGUCGGAGCCCGAGCGCUCCCAGCCGCGCUCGGCCGCGGCACCACGUGGCCUCGCCGCCUUCGGCACGGGCGCCUUCCCGGCGGCGGAGAGCGCACGCCGGGCCGGCGGCGGCCUGCGCGGCGCCGCGGGCAGGAGGACGGCGGCCGAUGCACCCGGGAAGGCGGCGCCGUACGGCAGUGCUGCUAGCGAGGCCAAGUACAAGGGGCUCAACGGGGAUUACUCGCCCGCCGGCAGACCUGUCCACGGCAGCCCGCAGUACGGCGGGCCCAGCAACACCUUCACGGUCAGGCCCGGCGCACGGCAGCCCAUCUCCUACGGCUACCAGAGCGGCCACCGGUAGCUCCUCCUGGGAGCUGCUCCGCGGCCGCCGCGCGGGACGAACCCCGGAUCCCCCCUUCCCUGCGGGAACCAGCGGAAGGAGCGGAGCUGGGACUUGGAGCCAUCUAAAAGAUGGUCAUGGAGCAUUCCUGCUGAGGAGCUGCGAGCUGUUACGUGAGCAAACGCUUCCUUUCACCUCUUCCCCACCCCUGAGUAUUACUUCCAAAACUGCAGCCUUGUAGGUCUUCUGAGGAGAAAGCAAAAGAGCAUCCCGGGUGUUCUUUCAAGUGCGCAAACACUGAAUAGGUUUUGGGGGGUUUGUUUUAGUUUUCUUUAUCAGAGCUGAAGGCUGUGACUUGCAAAAGAAAUACGCUGCCAAAAAUGUGUGUUUUAGUUUGUCUAACCAAGGAGACCAAGCAGCUCAAUUGCAGUGCAGCUGCAAAGGAUGUGAUGCUCUUGGUGCAUGAAGUGCCUUUGGGGGGAUGCUCGUCGCUGCGGGACCCGUUCCCACCCGCUGGCCGCUGCUGUGGGUGCUUCCCUGCACCCGAGCAGCCCCGAGCAAGGUGCCUUGUGCUGCGCCGAGAGCAACACAACCCGAUUGACCGGAGCAAAGUUUGCAGUAGCGAACUUCGGGGAAUCAGGAUCAAACCUAAUGUUCCAGCUAAGUAAAAUUGCCAAGAAACACUGUAAGAUAAAUGUAAAAACUUGUAGAGAAAACUUUCUAAUUGCUGACAAACUAAAAGCACUUUGAGACAUUAGUCUACUGUUACCAAAAGCACUUUUUCCCCCACURUUAUAGUAGUUCCACUUGAGCUUAUCCCAUGUUGUCUUUGUGGAGACUUUGCUCUGCGAGUUGAUUUGGAAUUUGGAGAUAAAUUUCCUUGACAGUUCAGUUUUCAGACCAGUUAUCUCGAUAUUAGCUGUGUGAUGAGGAAAUUCUAAGCUUUACAUUAUUUCCAGCUCUAAUUACCUAAUAAUUUAACAACUGUUUUGAAUAUUGCAUAGACUUCAAAGUAUCCUGAACUUUACUUUGCUCUGAAUAAAAUGAGAGUGCAAAUACUAUAAUCGGGCUAAUAGCUCAAUUGAAAUGGUGUUCUGAUGCCAGCAAGUUACGGUAACUUGGAGUAUUUCCAGCCCUGCUCUCUGCAGCCAGCAUUGAACCAACAUGUUUUAAAUACCUGGGUGUUGGUUUACAAUGAGAGCCACAGGGAGAGGAAUGCAAUGGAGGAAGCAGCUUGCUGGGUACUUGUGUGCCGGGGCCGUGGAGCUGCAGCUCUGCAACCUCCCUGCCUGGAGAAGUGGGAAUUACACCCAGGAACCGACCUGACCCGGUUGGAGCAGCUUUGGGGCUGUGCUUUGGUAUUGUGUGAAAUUUCCCCGGUUUCACUUUCCAAACAAACAAAUCCCUACAGCUGCCCCAGCAGAAUUGCAGGCUGGUUGGUUUCUCAAAAUAUAACUAGACUGUAAUCCUGAAAAGCACAGUCUUAAAUUUGUAGUGUUGUUGGAAACUGCAGCCUUGGAAGCGGACUUUGUCCGGAAAUGAAUUUUUGUCGUUGUGUGGGCUCUGCCUCCAGUUAAAAAUUCACCUGAUUUUGAGCACAUCCCCUAUGUGUUUCAUUUUUUCAGAGCAAAAUGUAGAGCUCUGCUGCUGGCAUAGGCACCUAACUUCACGUUUGCUGUUUUUAGGCAGACGUACAAUUCCUAUAGAGGUGUACUGGUGUGUUCCAUAGUGCCCUGUUCCUAGCCGUUGUGUAUUUGUCUGUACUGGAAGCAGGAGGAUGCAGGUCCAUGCUAUGAAAUAGCUGCUGGUUCGGAGGCGCCGCUCUGGGAGCGCGCAGUGGACCGAGCGGUGCCUAAUUCAGGUGGGGCCGAGUUGUUAAACUGGUUAACACGGGUGGCUGAAGCGGAGAAACUGCUCUGCCUUGGGCUAGACCUGCCGCUUCUGAACGCGGCAGCCAAACCCUGGCGUUUCUGGUGUUGGAGGCUGCUGGAGAGCUGUUCCUGCUGCACAGAAAUCGCUGUUGGCAGCUGCAGAGCAUAGGGGAAAAGCUAUGGCUAAUGAAGAGCAAGGAGCUCUGAGCUGCAGGGACGGAGGGACGAGCUCCYGCGUCGGGACCGCGCGCAGAUCAGCUCUGACUCCCGUUUCUUCUCCUCCCCGGCUCUGUUUUGCUGUGUAAGUUUAG